AUGCGUUCAGUGACGCAGCCUCUGCUGCUUCUCGCUGCCGCAGCUCUCUGCUCUGCUGGCCCGCUACCCAGAGACAAUCUCCAUGAUGCUGGCUACUCAUACCUCAUGCGCCGAGACUGCGACUCAUACUGCGGUUCCGACAACCAAUACUGCUGCAGUUCUGGCGAAACAUGCGAAACCUCCGACGGAGUCGCACAGUGUGUCGCGAAGGGAGGUUGGGUUGGCGACUAUACCACCACCUGGACAGAGACCAAAACCUACACCAGCACACUCAUGACCCGUUGGGAACCUGCGCCAGAACCCACCAAGGGCGUUGAUUGUGUUCCCAAGCUCGACGAGCAGGAGCGAUGCGGUGAGAUCUGCUGCGCUGGCUGGCAGACUUGUGCCUUCAAGGGUCAGUGCUCAGCAAAGCCUGGUUACGAUGCGCCCACCGCCGUUGUCAUCACUAGUGAUGGAAAGCUCACCACCCAAUACUCGGCCCCCUACCGAGUCACUGGUACCACCACCAUCGUCAACAGUGGCUCACCCGCCGAGACUGUGUCUGGUACCGCGACCGAGACCGACGCAGAAGCCACGGCCACUGAAACCAGUGAUGAGGCUGCGGCUGGUGAGAGCGGUACUGGCGGCGGAGGUUUGAGUGCUGGUGCCAUUGCCGGUAUCGUCAUUGGUGUCAUCGCCGGUGUAGCACUACUUCUGGCUCUCUGCUUCUGCUGCAUUGCACGCGGACUCUGGGUUGCCCUCUUUGGCAAGAAGGACAAGGACAAGGAAAGCCGUGAGCGAGUCGACGUCUACGAGGAGCGAUACUCUCGACACGGAAGCCGGCCCCCUCCUUCUGCCUCUGCCCACUCCCGUCGACCUCGACACAAGGGUUGGUUCGGUUUCGGCGGUAAAAAGGGCGGUUCCCCUUCUUCUGCCGGCGACCGCCGUGAGAAGAAGUCCGACGGCAAGAAGUGGCUCGGUAUCGCUGGUCUUGCGGCCACACUCCUGGCUCUCCUUAACCUUAAGAAGGACAAGAGGCCUGCGAGCACCAAGCCAGCGCGAUCAUCCCGCGGAUCUUCGCGAUCGCGGUACAGCGACUCCUACUACUCAUACAGUGACUACACCAGUCCCACAGGCAGCUCAAGUUCAGGCGGACGAACAAACCGCACUCGUCGCACGGCGAGAGACAGCCGAGCAGGCAGUCGAGCAAGGUCGCACUACUCUCGUGACAGCAGGCGAUGA